ACCAUGUUGGUGCUCCUUGCCUUCAUCAUCAUCUUCCACAUCACCUCCGCAGCCCUGCUGUUUGUUGCCACCAUCGACAACGCCUGGUGGGUAGGAGACAACUUUUCUGUAGAUGUCUGGAGAGUGUGCAGAAACAACUCGAAUUGUACAGAGAUCAAUGAGUCGUUUUCAGAUUACGCCACGCUGCAGGCCGUGCAGGCCUCCAUGAUCCUCUCCACCAUCCUGUGUUGCAUUGCCUUCUUCAUCUUCCUGCUCCAGCUCUUCCGUCUCAAGCAGGGAGAGAGAUUCGUUUUAACCUCCAUCAUCCAACUCAUGUCGUGUCUGUGCGUCAUGAUUGGGGCUUCCAUUUAUACAGACCGGCGCCAGGACUUUCACAGCAUCAACAUGGUGAAAUACUAUGACUACGGGAUGGAGGAAGGCCGCUACGGCUCCUCUUUCAUCCUGGCGUGGGUGGCCUUCGCCUUUACCUUCACCAGUGGCCUCAUGUAUCUGGUCCUGAGGAAGCGCAAGUAGAGAUGCAGGCACCGCCCGACUCCUGCAAGUUUUGAGACAGGAGAGAAACCUCUUCUCUGCUGUGACAAGCAUUUGGAACCUGGAAAAGAGACAAUAGUGUGAGACAGGAAGCAUCCGGCAGAUCUCCAAGGAAACACAAUCAGCCCUGGCUUAUGGUCAUCAUCUGCUAUCCAAGGUCAUCUUCAAGGUUAGCGAAGGCAUCCGAGAAGCAAAUGUUAGGACCAAAUCUGUUAUUGUAUCUGAGGGACUGUAGUUUGCAUAGCUUGUAUGACUUAAAUAAAAAUAAAGUACUGUAAUUCUUUCAUGGGGGAGGGGUGUGACAGUCAGACUAACUUGUUUUGUUUUGCAUUAAAAUGAUUCUGGGUUUCUGUUGAAA